AGUGCUGCUCUCAGUGUUUUAAUCCCUCAUUUUUCACACACCUGUCUCUUUCGACUGCAUACCCCUCUGUCACACAUGCGCUUUCCUGCCUACCAUUGAGACCACCCUCUGUUCCAUCCAGCCCCCCUCCUCCCCUCCUCCUCCUCCUCCUUCUCCACCACCAGGGACUAAGGAGGUUUUCAGCACUUGCCACAGCAACUCGCAAUGGACAGCACCACAAAGACUCUGUGAUCCCUCGCAUCACCCAGACGCUUGACAGAAACCACAGCUGACAGGCAAUCUCUGCAUUCAGCAGGGACCGUCUAGAGAAGGUGGAAAAGUGAGACCAAAAGAAAGAAAGCGGAAGUGCUUUGUGGACUACCCCUUCAAAAAUAAAUAAGGUUUUGAACCUGCAACCCGAACGGGCAUUGUGUUUUCACAUAUCUCUCGUUGUCCGUCCUAAAACAACAUCAGCGCAAUGGAAGAAGACAUGGAUGAAGGGCAGACCCAGAAAGGAUGCCUGGAAUGCUGCAUCAAAUGCCUGGGUGGGAUUCCAUACCCAUCCCUCAUAGCCACCAUCUUGCUGUAUGCGGGCGUGGCUCUGUUCUGCGGCUGCGGACAUGAGGCCCUGUCCGGCACGGUCACCAUCCUCCAGAACUACUUCGAGGUGAUGCGGAGCCCUGUGGAUGCACUGGAUGUAUUCACCAUGAUUGACAUUAUCAAGUAUGUGAUCUACGGCAUUGCUUCGGCUUUCUUCGUCUAUGGCAUUCUGCUGAUGGUGGAGGGCUUCUUCACCAGUGGAGCCAUUAAAGACCUGUAUGGAGACUUCAAGAUCACCACCUGUGGACGCUGUGUCAGCGCUUGGUUCAUCAUGCUGACAUACAUCUUCAUGCUGGCUUGGCUCGGAGUGACUGCUUUUACCUCCCUCCCUGUCUUUAUAUAUUUCAACAUCUGGAAUAUCUGCCAAAAUACUACCGGGCUGGAGGGGGCCACACUCUGCCUGGACCCACGCCAGUAUGGUAUUGUGCCAAUUGCUGAGGCAAAAACAGUCUGUGCUGGAUCAGAGAAAUUCUACAAGAUGUGCGAAUCUAAUGAGCUUGACAUGACAUUCCACCUGUUCAUCUGUGCCCUCGCUGGAGCAGGAGCUGCUGUUAUUGCUAUGAUCCACUACCUGAUGGUGCUGUCAGCCAACUGGGCCUACGUGAAGGACGCUUGCCGGAUGCAGAAGUAUGAGGACAUCAAGUCCAAGGAGGAGCAGGAGCUUCACGAUAUCCAUUCCACUCGCUCCAAGGAGCGUCUCAACGCAUACACAUAAAGACCAGCAUGAGGCCUGGCCCUGCCACUCCGGCCUGCCUCUCUCCCUCUCCUUCUCCCUCUCCCUCUCUCUCUCUCUCUCUCACCUCUGUCUUUCUAUCUGUCCCUCUCUCUCUCUCUAACCAUCCCCUCCUGAGGGGGGGGCGGAUGGCGCCAAGGGCCCUCGCCACUGCUGAUGUCACUGGUGCGUCAUAUGACAAUGUGGUCUGGGGGGGAAACGUCACAAAAACCUCCCCAGUCACAAACAGCAUUUCAGAUGAAAAAAAAAAGCCCCUUUACCUCUCUCAUGGAUGGUGUUAAGAUUAUCAUUAUGGCAGUUAUAUUAUUCUUGAAUACAAGUUGUUUAGUGCUGAUAGUAGUUUUAGUGUAGUUUGUAGAAUCAGAAGUAGCAGUAGUAUUUCUGCUUCUUUUUUUUUUUUACUGAUUGAUUGAUUUGCGUAUAAUUGUAUUAUUUUUCUUAAAGGUUUUUAUUUGAUGCUAAGUGUCAUUUUGCUCUCAUGCAUAAUUUAUUUUUUGCCGAUUUCUGAGGGGGUCAACAGGGGCUUAAAAAGGGUUUUCAAGCACAUUUCUCAUGUCGUGUGUCUGGAGAUUUCAUCUUCAAGAACUAUGUACUGUAUGUGAACGGGUGGUUAGUUUUGAAAAUACUUUAAAUCUCACACGUAACUAGGAAGCCUUUGUCAUACCAGUAUUCCCAGGGAUUAAAACCACUUUCACGUGAAAGUAAUUCAAUCUGUUUUUCUAUUUGAAGUUAUACAGUAGCAAGACGGCAAAAUAAAUACCAAAACAUUAGAGUAAAACAAAUAUUUGCUAGAUGUGCCAAGCCUGUUAAACAGGAAACAAUGACUUUGAUAAAUAUCAAAGAUGGGAUUAGUCAAUUAAAGAUAAAUUAUGGCUUAUUUUAUAUUAAUCUUGCCAUUUACAUGUAUUUUAGGACUGUGAAUGAUUCCAUUGUCUUUGAAUCACAAGCCACAAAAGCACAUGCAAACAUGCUUUCAUAACCCCUUUUUUAAUUUCUUAUAAGUGGAACUUUAUAAAUACUAAACUCCUCUGUUUUUGCAGAACUCUGCGCUGUAUAUACUGAUAUCAAAGCAUACCUAUAUGUUAAGCACUGACAUUUAAGGACAAUUCAUGUGAGAAGAAGAAGAGACCACUGUGGGUCAGACCACUUUGCAUCUAUCAGUCUCAACUGAAAAAGAAACCCUGACAGUAAAAAGUUGUUGGUGUAAUGGCACUCCUUGGUGGAAUUAUCAGAUGUGAGAAAAGUGUGUGUCACAGUAAUUUUGUUCAUGACAGUAACUGUAUUGCUUACACAUCUUGAUGCCAUAUGAGUACAAAGGUGGCCUGUCAGUUCAUUGCCUGGCAAAGUUUGUUUUGUCAGUGUUUCUAAAAGCUAGUUUCAUGCACUUAUUUGACCAUUUCUGUGCUCUCUCUAGAUGUAAGCGCAUUGGUGUUCAACUCAAAGUUGGAUAACUGUACUGUUAGUAAAGACUGUGAAUUUAGAUGUUUUUCGUGGCAUGGACAUGCAUUAAUAUAGUCUUAUUGACUCAAAAGUUACUUUAUUUCACUUCUUUAUUUUGACACUUUUGACUGUCUUGCUGGAUCAACCCUUUGUUUAUAUGUGCAGUACUAAACCCCCACGCUUACCGCGUUAUGCUACCGAUAUUAGAUACUGUAGUCUUUGAGUUGUGUCUGUUUAGUUUGUGAUGAGCUCUCAACCAUGUCUUAAAACUAAUACUUGUACCAACAUUGCUUACUCUGUAAUGAUCUGAAAAUAUGCUCUCAGCUUUCUCCUCGUAUUAGUCUUUUGUACUUUCACUACGAAUGCUUAGUAGCAGGCUUUAAAUUGAAUCUGUUUUGUACAUUCAUGUGCCAACAGCUUGAGGUGGCUUAUUUGACCUGUAUGAUCAAAUUUGCUUGCAUAAAUAAAAUUCACUUGUGUACUUGUUAAUAAAUA